AUGGCGAUCCAGGACAUCUUGGUGUUCCUAUUUGUGCCACAAUCCAUCACUCAUUUUAUUGAACUAACAGCCAUAAUUGGAUUAGCAAUUUUAAUUUAUAGAAUAGUAAUUGACCCAUAUCGACGAUUAAAGAAAUUGGGACUCGCUGGCCCCAAAUUUAAGCCUGUCAUUGGAAAUAUUGCAGAUUGGGGGCCGACUGGGCAGCAUCUUGCUCUGUUGGAAUGGAGAAAGAAAUAUGGAAAUGUAUUUGCUACCAUGUUCUUUGGUACCCCGACCGUUUGGAUUGGGGAGCCCAAUAUGGUACGAGAAGUGAUGGUUAAAAGUUUUUCCAACUUUUCAAACCGGUUUCCACCUUUUGGAAAACCCAUAUCACCGUUUGACAAAGGAGUUCUCUUUUUGAAAGAUGAUGACUGGAAACGCGUUCGAAAUAUCCUCAUUACGACUUUUUCAGCUUCUAAACUGAAACAAAUUGUGCCGUUGAUGAAAGACAUUGAUGCCAAGUUUAUUGAAGAGCUAGUUGAAACUAAUCAAGUAGAUGGUAAAGUAAACAUCUUAGAUCAUGCCGGCUAUUUUUCAUUAGAAGUUGUUUUGGCUAUUAUUUUUGGCAUUGAAUAUGAAUCCAAGGAGCAAAAAAUCAAAUUAGCUCGUACUGCCAAAGAUUUAGUUGAGCCUAUACAAGGGUUCCUUUUGAUUAUUUUUCUGCUUUGCCCUUCUAUGUGGAAGAUUAUAGAACCAUAUUUUGGUACCAUCGUACAGUCUAUUAAUAAGAUUACAGAUCUAACAAAUGAAAUUGUUAAACAGCGACGAAAGAAUUUAAAUGCUGGUUUGCCUUGUCGCAAAGAUAUGCUACAACUUAUAGUUGAAGCUGGCGACCAAGAAAAAUUAAGUGAUGAGGAAAUUAUAAGUCAGGCCAUAAUUUUUUUCAUUGCUGGUUAUGAUACAACAUCCAAUACUAUAGCAUAUGCUUCAUACUUGUUGGCUACGCAUCCAGAAAUUCAGGAUAAGUUAUACCAGGAGAUUUGCACGAAAUGCCCAGAUGUAAAUAGCAUUGAUUAUGAAAUAUUGAAUAAUUUAACCUACUUAGAUAUGGUUAUUUCUGAGACACUAAGGCUAUAUCCACCGGGAUUUUUUUCCAAUCGUGAAGUUAAGAAGGAGGUAACAAUUGAAGGCGUCCGCAUUCCCAACGAUAGUAUCGUUGGUAUACCUAUUUAUACAAUUCACCAUAAUCCUCAGUUUUGGCCAGAUCCUGAGCAAUUUAUACCAGAACGGUUCACACCAGAAGAAAAGGCCAAACGUAAUCCAUGUUGUUACUUACCUUUUGGUGAUGGGCCACGAAAUUGUGUUGGUAUGCGAUUGGCUUUAUUGGAAGUAAAAUUGGCAUUAGUAAGCUUAAUGCAAAAUUUAGAGUUAAAGACGGUGGCAGAUACAGAGGUACCGUUAAAGCUGAAAACCGGGGGUACUUUAACAGCUGCUAACGGGAUCUGGCUAGGACUUGGUACUCGAUAAAGCAUGCAUUGACUACUCUAUGUAAGUCGGUAGUAGUCAGAUAAUGCAGGUUGGCAUAUUUGAGCGUUGAAAUGACGAUUCAAGUACGUGGAUUUUAACUUAAUAAUUAAUUCAAACAAUAAUUGAUGACAAGUGCAUGAUCAAUCAAUCAAUUUUGCCUUUAUUGGUUCCAUAGUAGAACUUAAACCAAUUUUGUAAUUUAUGCGUUUGAUUAUAAUUAUUGCUAAUGUGGUGUUACUCAUGUUGUUAUUCCUUAUCCUUGUAUUGUAAGUGACUCGUUUAUUAAUUCUAAUAAAUUGCGCUAUCUUGUAU